AUGUGUCCACUUGGUGAGCCGAUCAACAACGACCCAAAUCGAGUUACGUCUUCCAGUAGGUCCGUAAUAAAGUCCAUUGAAAUGGAUCGCCACCGCUCAUCCGGAAUUUGUAAUGGUUCCAAGAGUCCAGGUGUCUUCGUCUACCGCGGUUUGUUACGCCGACAGUCCUCACAGUGUGCAAUGUAUUUCUUGAUCGUACGUGCGGUCGGAACCGGGAUGCCCACCGUAGUUGAUAUCGGGCGCUUCAGCGAUGAUACGGUGCUUGAGUGCCACGAUGUUUGGGACCACGAUACGAGGUUGCUCGUUUGUUUGUACUGCUUCUCCGAUGCCCCUCACACUACUGACGCAGUUCCACGCCUUUUGAUCGCGCGCGGAAUGUCCCCGAUAACCUUGUCCUUUGUGCAUCCAGCGAUUAUCGCCUUGAUCAGAUCGACGUUAGGCUUGAUCUCCAUAUCACGUAGCUGGUAG